GGUGAGGCAGCCAGGCCUAGCAGGCCCCACGCCCGCCGCCGCCUCUGCCUCCUGGCCACCGCUGCUGCGGGCCACCAUGCUGCUGCCCAGGCCUGGAGACUGACCCGCAACUGGCACCCUCUCUCCGCUUCGCCCCGCCUGCCAGACCCCAGGCCUAAUCUGCGUCCGUGAUCAUGGCGUGCUCUGGCCAGGGCCCAGGUCCUUCAGCCUCCCUGGAUGAGCGCCUGGGACUGAGGGCACUGGAGCUGGGCUGGGCUCCCCCAGGUCCUGCCUCCCGGUUCAUCUCACAGGUCCUGCCUCGGCCCAGGAGGUCAGCCCGGGAAUCAUUAACAAGAGGCUGUGACAUGGCGGAGAAGGAGGGUGGUCCGACUGUGCCAUAUUGCUCUGGACCCAAGGUAGCAGCUCUCACUGCGGCGACCCUGCUGCUCCUGACUGGCAUCGGGGCAGCGUCCUGGGCCAUUGUGACCGUUCUCCUCAGGAGUGACCAGAAGCCACUGUAUCCAGUGCAGGUCAGCCCAGCAGACACUCGGCUCACGGUGUUUGACGAGACGGAGGGGACAUGGCGACUGCUGUGCUCCUCGCGCUCCAAUGCCAGAGUGGCGGGACUCAGCUGCGAGGAGAUGGGCUUCCUCAGGGCACUGGCCCACUCGGAGCUGGAUGUGCGGACAGCGGGCGCCAACGGCACGUCGGGCUUCUUCUGCGUGGACGAGGGAAGGCUGCCCCACGCCCGGAGGCUGCUCGAGGUCAUCUCCGUGUGUGACUGUCCCAGGGGCCGCUUCCUGGCUGCCAUCUGCCAAGACUGUGGCCGGAGGAAGCUGCCCGUGGACCGCAUUGUGGGAGGCCGGGACACCAGCCUGGGCAAGUGGCCGUGGCAAGUCAGUCUUCGCUAUGACGGAGCGCACCUCUGCGGGGGGUCCCUGCUCUCGGGAGACUGGGUGCUGACAGCUGCCCACUGCUUCCCUGAGCGGAACCGGGUCCUGUCGCGAUGGCGUGUGUUUGCCGGUGCUGUGGCCCAGACCUCACCCCAUGGCCUGCAGCUGGGGGUUCAGGCAGUAGUCUACCACGGGGGCUAUCUCCCCUUUCGAGAUCCCAACAGUGAGGAGAACAGUAAUGAUAUCGCUCUGGUCCACCUCUCCAGCCCCCUGCCCCUCACAGAAUACAUCCAGCCCGUGUGCCUCCCAGCUGCCGGCCAGGCCCUGGAGGAUGGCAAGAUGUGCACGGUGACUGGCUGGGGCAACACGCAGUACUACGGCCAGCAGGCUGGGGUCCUCCAGGAGGCCCGAGUCCCCAUAAUCAGCAAUGAUGUCUGCAAUGGCCCUGACUUCUACGGGAACCAGAUCAAGCCCAAGAUGUUCUGUGCUGGCUACCUUGAGGGUGGCAUCGAUGCCUGCCAGGGCGACAGUGGCGGCCCCUUCGUGUGUGAGGACAGCAUCUCUCGGACCCCGCGUUGGCGGCUGUGUGGCAUCGUGAGCUGGGGCACUGGCUGUGCCCUGGCCCAGAAGCCAGGCGUCUACACCAAAGUCAGUGACUUCCGGGAGUGGAUCUUCCAGGCCAUAAAGACUCACUCCGAGGCCAGCGGCAUGGUGACCCAGCUCUGACCGGAUGCUUCUCCUUGCUGCGAACGCCUCCAGGGCCCGAGUUGAUCUAAGUGGCCUCAGCCCCACAUAGUGGGAUUCACUCUGGGCCUGGGAUGGAACAUUCUCCUUCUUGGGCCCAGCCCAAAAGUCCAAGGAUAGCUUCCCUCCAGGGUCCUGUCUUCCACAGUGGCAGGCCCACUCAGCCCUGGGACCCCCUGAGCCCCACCUUCCUGACCCCCAUGUAAAUAUUGUUCUGCCAUCUGGGGACCCUAAUCUAGGUAUCCCUGAUGGCAGGCUGCUCUUUAAAUAAUAAAGAUGGUUUUGAUUAA